AUGUCGAUUCCUCCGCCGCCGCCGCCGCCGGGUUGGUCGGCUCCUCCCCCGCCUGGCGCACCCCCAGGCAUGUCCGCGCCGCCACCCCCAGGUUAUCGCCCGCCUGCCGACCCGCAAGUGGCGAAGUUCGCACAGAAGAAGAAGGAAUGGCUUCGGAUGCAGAGGCAAAGAUUUGGGGAGAAGCGGAAGGGUGGCUUCGUGGAAACGCAGAAGGCGGAUAUGCCACCGGAGCACUUGCGAAAGAUCGUCAAGGACAUCGGCGAUGUCUCCCAGAAGAAGUUCAGCAGUGACAAGCGGAGUUACUUGGGUGCCCUCAAGUUCAUGCCGCACGCCGUGCUGAAGCUGCUAGAGAACAUGCCCAUGCCGUGGGAAAGCACACGCGAGGUGAAGGUGCUCUACCACGUCAACGGCUGCCUGACCCUGGUCAACGAGAUUCCGCGGGUCAUCGAGCCCGUGUUCCAUGCGCAGUGGGCAACGAUGUGGGUGAGCAUGCGUCGAGAGAAGAGCGAUCGGAGACAUUUCAAGAGAAUGAGGUUCCCGCCCUUUGAUGAUGAGGAGCCCCCGCUUUCGUGGUCCGAGAACAUCGAGGAUGUCGAGCCCCUGGAGCCCAUCCAGAUGGAACUUGAUGAGAGUGAGGAUGCUCCCGUUUACGAAUGGUUUUACGAUCACAGGCCACUCCUGGAUACCCCGCAUGUGAACGGACCGAGCUACAAAACAUGGAACUUGAGUCUUCCUCAGAUGGCUACCCUUUAUCGUCUCAGCCAUCAGCUAUUGAGCGAUGUCGUCGACAAGAACUACUUCUACCUGUUCGACCAGAACAGUUUCCUGACCGCCAAAGCCCUGAAUGUGGCGAUUCCUGGCGGUCCUAGGUUCGAGCCGCUCUACAAGGACAUUGACCCCAAUGACGAGGACUUUGGGGAGUUCAACGCCAUUGAUCGUAUCAUUUUCCGCGCCCCCAUCCGCACCGAAUACCGCGUCGCCUUCCCUUUCCUUUAUAACUCUCUACCAAGGAGCGUGAAAGUUUCUUGGUAUUCCUAUCCUCAGGCCGUUUACGUCCGCGCCGAGGAUCCCAGUCUACCUGCCUUCUACUUCGAUCCUGUAAUUAACCCCAUUUCUUCCCGCGCCGUGGCACCCAAGAACAUCGACGUUCCGCAUGAGGACGAAAUCUUCGGAGACGACGAUGAGGACGAUUUUGAGCUCCCUGGCGAGGUCGAGCCGUUUUUGGGCGACCAGGAGCUGUACACAGAGGACACUGCGUCUGCCAUUGCACUGUGGUGGGCGCCUUUCCCCUUCGACCGUCGGUCUGGACGUAUGGUUCGCGCUCAAGAUGUGCCUCUGGUAAAGCAGUGGUAUCUUGAACAUGUUCCGCAAGGGCAGCCGGUCAAGGUCCGCGUUUCUUACCAGAAGCUGCUCAAGACAUACGUCUUGAACGAGCUCCACAAGAAGCCGCCGAAGGCUUUGAACAGUCAGAAUCUCAUGAAAUCACUAAAGACGACCAAGUUCUUCCAGCAGACCACCAUUGACUGGGUUGAAGCUGGUCUUCAGGUCUGCAGGCAAGGUUUCAACAUGUUGAACCUUCUCAUUCAUCGCAAGAACCUCACUUACCUCCAUCUCGACUAUAACUUCAACCUCAAGCCCAUCAAGACUCUGACAACCAAGGAGCGCAAGAAGUCUCGCUUCGGAAACGCGUUCCAUCUGAUGCGUGAAAUCCUCCGCUUGACCAAACUCAUCGUCGAUGCUCAGGUGCAAUACCGUCUCGGAAACAUCGAUGCUUUUCAACUGGCGGAUGGUAUCUUGUACGCGUUCAACCAUGUCGGCCAGCUGACGGGUAUGUACAGAUACAAGUACAAGCUCAUGCACCAGAUCCGUACCUGCAAGGAUCUCAAGCACUUGAUCUACUACAGGUUCAACUCUGGCCCGGUUGGUAAGGGUCCUGGUUGCGGUUUCUGGGCCCCUGCAUGGCGCGUCUGGCUUUUCUUCAUGAGGGGUAUCAUUCCUCUUCUCGAGCGCUGGCUUGGUAACUUGUUGUCUCGUCAAUUCGAAGGUCGCCACAGCAAGGGUGUUGCAAAGACUGUCACGAAGCAGCGCGUCGAAUCUCACUUCGAUCUGGAGCUGCGCGCCUCCGUCAUGGCUGAUCUCAUGGACAUGAUGCCCGAGGGUAUCAAGCAGAACAAGGUCAACACCGUCUUGCAGCACUUAUCUGAAGCCUGGAGAUGCUGGAAGAGUAACAUCCCCUGGAAGGUGCCUGGUCUGCCCGCUCCUAUCGAGAACAUCAUUCUGCGUUACGUCAAGAGCAAGGCUGACUGGUGGGUCUCGGUGGCGCACUACAACCGUGAGAGAAUUCGGAGAGGUGCUACGGUAGACAAGACAGUUGCGAAGAAGAACUUGGGCCGCCUCACUCGUCUGUGGCUCAAGGCGGAGCAGGAAAGGCAGCACAACUACAUGAAAGACGGUCCUUACGUUUCAUCCGAAGAGGCCGUCGCCAUCUACACGACCAUGGUCCACUGGCUCGAGUCAAGAAAGUUCCAGCCAAUACCAUUCCCCAGUGUGUCUUACAAGCAUGACACAAAGAUCCUCAUUUUAGCGCUCGAGCGUUUACGUGAGGCAUACUCCGUCAAAGGUCGUCUGAAUCAGAGCCAGAGAGAGGAGCUGGCGCUCAUUGAGCAAGCCUACGACUCUCCUGGUACCACGCUCGCAAGAAUCAAGCGUUUCUUGCUAACCCAGCGUGCUUUCAAGGAGGUUGGUAUUGAUAUGAACGACAACUACAGCGACAUCAAUCCGGUCUACGACAUCGAGCCUAUCGAGAAGAUCACCGAUGCUUAUCUCGACCAAUAUCUCUGGUACCAGGCUGACCAGCGCCACCUGUUCCCGUCGUGGAUCAAACCCUCUGAUUCGGAAGUCCCUCCUUUGCUUGUAUACAAGUGGGCUCAAGGUAUCAACAACCUUGAUAAAGUCUGGGAAUACCAGGAGGGCGAAUGCAAUGUCAUGAUUGAGACCAAACUGUCGAAGGUCUACGAGAAGAUUGAUCUUACCCUGCUUAACCGCCUCCUUCGCCUCAUCAUGGACCACAACUUGGCAGACUACAUCACCUCCAAGAACAACGUCCAGCUCAACUACAAGGAUAUGAAUCAUACCAAUAGCUACGGCAUGAUUCGGGGUCUUCAAUUCUCGGCUUUCGUCUUCCAGUACUACGGUCUCAUGCUUGAUCUGCUAUUGCUCGGUCUGCAGAGGGCAAGUGAGCUUGCCGGUCCUCCUGGCGCUCCCAACGACUUCCUGCAAUUCCGGGACAGGGCCACCGAGAGCAAGCAUCCCAUCAGGCUGUACACCCGCUACAUUGACAAGAUCUGGGUGUUCUUCAGGUUCGAUGCUGACGAAUCGCGUGACCUGAUCCAGCGCUUCCUCACGGAGCAACCGGAUCCCAAUUUCGAGAACGUCAUUGGUUACAAGAACAAGAAGUGCUGGCCCCGAGACUCUCGCAUGCGUCUGAUGCGUCAUGAUGUCAAUCUCGGUCGCGCUGUGUUCUGGGACUUGAAGAACCGCCUGCCUCGUUCCGUGACGACUAUCGAUUGGGAUGACACGUUCGCAAGCGUGUACAGCAGGGACAACCCUAACCUCCUUUUCUCUAUGUGUGGUUUCGAGGUCCGCAUCCUGCCGAAGAUUCGCAACCAGAACGACGAGUUCCCUGUCAAGGAUAGUGUUUGGUCACUGGUUGACAACACCACCAAGGAAAGAACAGCCCACGCGUUCUUGCAGGUGACUGAGGAGGACAUUCAGAAGUUCAACAACCGCAUCAGACAGAUUCUGAUGUCCUCUGGUUCGACCACUUUCACGAAGAUCGCCAACAAGUGGAACACGGCUUUGAUUGCUCUCUUCACCUACUACCGUGAAGCUGCUGCGUCGACUGUCAACUUGCUGGACACGAUUGUGAAGUGCGAGACGAAGAUUCAGACUCGUGUCAAGAUCGGCCUUAACUCCAAGAUGCCUUCGCGUUUCCCGCCGGCUGUUUUCUACACACCAAAGGAGUUGGGUGGUCUUGGUAUGAUCUCUGGAUCGCACAUUCUCAUCCCCGCCAGUGACAAGCGCUGGUCCAAGCAGACGGAUACUGGAGUCACCCAUUACCGUGCUGGUAUGUCUCACGAUGAGGAGACUCUGAUCCCGAACAUCUUCCGUUAUAUCAUUCCGUGGGAGGCCGAGUUCAUUGAUUCCCAGCGUGUGUGGACGGAGUACUCCCAGAAGCGCAUGGAGGCCAACCAGCAGAACCGCCGUCUGACGCUCGAGGAUCUUGAGGAUAGCUGGGAUCGUGGUUUGCCUCGUAUCAACACUCUGUUCCAGAAGGACCGCAGCACCCUUAGCUUCGACAAGGGAUUCCGCGCUCGUACCGAGUUCAAGAUCUACCAGCACAUGAAGAGCAACCCGUUCUGGUGGACGAGCCAGCGCCACGAUGGUAAGCUGUGGAACCUCAACGCCUACCGUACCGAUGUCAUCCAGGCCCUUGGUGGUGUCGAAACCAUCUUGGAGCACACCUUGUUCAAGGCCACUGCUUUCCCGUCCUGGGAGGGUCUCUUUUGGGAGAAGGCUAGCGGUUUCGAAGAGAGCAUGAAGUUCAAGAAGCUCACCAACGCUCAACGUUCCGGUUUGAAUCAAAUUCCUAACCGUCGUUUCACCCUUUGGUGGUCGCCUACCAUCAACCGUGCCAACGUCUAUGUUGGUUUCCAGGUCCAGCUUGACUUGACGGGUAUUUUCCUGCACGGCAAGAUCCCGACCUUGAAGAUUUCCCUCAUUCAGAUCUUCCGUGCCCACUUGUGGCAGAAGAUUCACGAGUCUGUUGUGAUGGACUUGUGUCAAGUCUUUGACCAGGAACUCGAGGCGCUUGGCAUCGAAACGGUACAGAAGGAGACGAUUCAUCCUAGAAAGUCGUACAAGAUGAACAGUUCUUGCGCCGAUAUCCUUCUUUUUGCCAGCCACAAGUGGAGCGUUUCACCCCCAUCGCUCCUCUACGAUACCAAGGACACCAUGACCGCCACGACGACGAACAAGUUCUGGAUCGACGUGCAGUUGCGCUACGGCGACUACGACUCGCACGACAUUGAGCGCUACGUGCGUGCCAAGUACCUCGACUACACGACUGACAGCAUGUCCAUCUACCCGUCCGCCACCGGUCUCAUGAUCGGUAUCGAUCUGGCCUACAACCUCUACUCUGCAUACGGACAGUAUUUCCCUGGUCUCAAGCAGCUCGUCCAGCAGGCCAUGGCGAAGAUCAUGAAGGCCAACCCUGCUUUAUACGUUUUGCGCGAGCGUAUCCGCAAGGGUCUGCAGUUGUAUGCUUCUGAGAGCAACCAGGAGUUCCUCAACUCUCAGAACUACUCGGAGCUCUUCAGCAACCAAGUGCAGCUCUUCAUCGAUGACACCAACGUCUACCGUGUUACCAUCCACAAGACGUUCGAGGGUAACUUGACAACCAAGCCAAUCAACGGCGCCAUCUUCAUUUUCAACCCUCGCACUGGCCAGCUGUUCCUGAAGAUCAUUCACACAAGUGUCUGGGCUGGUCAGAAACGUCUUGGACAGCUGGCCAAGUGGAAGACGGCAGAAGAAGUGGCUGCUUUGAUCCGCUCGCUUCCUGUCGAAGAGCAACCCAAGCAGCUGAUCGUCACUCGCAAGGGUCUUCUCGAUCCCCUCGAAGUCCAUCUGCUCGACUUCCCCAACAUCUCCAUCCGUGCCUCGGAGCUGCAACUUCCUUUCCAGGCCGCGAUGAAGGUUGAGAAGCUUGGUGACAUGAUUCUCAGGGCGACGGAACCGCAGAUGGUGCUUUUCAACUUGUACGACGAGUGGUUGAAGACUAUCUCCUCGUACACGGCUUUCUCGCGUCUGAUCCUGAUUCUGCGCGCCCUGCAUGUCAACCAGGACAAGACCAAGCUCAUCCUCCGACCCGACAAGACAGUCAUUACGCAGGAGCACCACAUUUGGCCCACGCUCUCUGACGAGGAUUGGAUCAAGGUGGAAGUGCAGCUUCGCGAUCUGAUCUUGAAUGACUAUGGCAAGAAGAACAACGUCAACACAUCCAGUUUGACGAGCAGCGAAGUCCGUGAUAUUAUCCUGGGUAUGGAGAUCAGUGCGCCGUCGCUUCAGCGUCAGCAAGCUGCCGAGAUUGAGAAGCAGCAACAAGAGCAGCAGCAGCUUACGGCUGUCACGACCAAGACUCAGAACGUGCACGGCGAAGACAUUGUUGUCACGACGACAUCUCAGUACGAACAGGCUACUUUCGCCUCGAAGACCGAGUGGCGUACGCGUGCCAUUGCGACCAGCAACUUGAGGACGAGGUCGAACAACAUCUACAUCAGCUCCGACGACAUCCGGGAAGAUGAUCACUACACCUACAUUAUGCCCAAGAAUAUCCUCAAGCGCUUCAUCACCAUUGCGGAUCUGCGCGUGCAGGUUGCGGGCUAUCUCUACGGCACUUCUCCGCCAGACAACGAUCAGGUGAAGGAGAUCAAGACGAUCGUGAUGAUCCCGCAGGUGGGCAACACGCGCGAUGUGCAACUGCCGCACCAGCUGCCGCAGCAUGAGUACCUCUCCAGCAUGGAGCCGCUGGGAAUCAUCCACACGGUGUCGGGCAACGAGCUGCCGUACAUGAGCCCGAUGGACGUGACGCAGCACGCGCGGCUGAUGAACGCGCACUCGUCGUGGGACAAGAAGACGGUCACGAUGACGGUCUCGUUCACCCCCGGCUCCGUGUCGCUGGCGGCGUGGGCGCUCACGCCCAACGGGUACAAGUGGGGCGCCGAGAACAAGGACACGCAGAGCGACCAGCCGGCGGGCUUCUCGACCAGCAUGGGCGAGAAGUGCCAGCUGCUGCUGUCGGACAAGAUCCGGGGCUACUUCCUGGUGCCCGAGACGGGCGUGUGGAACUACAGCUUCAUGGGCAGCGGCUUCGGCACCGUCGAGAAGAAGCCGUUCGACGUCAAGCUCGACACGCCCAAGGCCUUUUACGACGACAUCCACCGGCCGCUGCACUUCAUGAGCUUCGCGGAGCUGGAGGACAUUUGGGUGGAUCGGGAGAAUCAGUUCGAGUAA